GCCAAAGUUCCUCAUCAAUCUCCUUUCAAAUAUUAAGUUGUUAGUAUAAUUUAUUAAGAAGAAGAAGAUGGGAGGUAACCUUUCCCAGUUGGAUAAUAAUGCCAAAGUUGCAUAUCGAAGAUCAGCUUCACUGUCAUCAUCUUCUCGUGUCAUCACCUUCCAUUCCACAGCUAAAUGGAAGGCUCACUUUGAUGCCUCCAAAUCAACCAACAAGCUCAUGGUGAUCGACUUCACGGCCACGUGGUGCGGACCCUGCAAAAUGAUGGAUCCGAUUAUCAAAGACUUUGCUGCCAAAUAUGCCGAUGUGGAGUUCAUCAAGAUUGAUGUGGAUGAGCUAAUGGAAGUGGCUAGUGAGUUCAAAGUGCAAGCAAUGCCAACAUUCCUACUGAUAAAGAAAGGAACUGUUGUAGACAAGACGGUGGGAGCCAGGAAAGAGGAACUUCAGAAGCUCAUCGAGAAACACAGGAAAUAAAUGAUAUUAUGAGACCUAUUCAAAACUCUCUCUCUCUUUCUACACAUAUACAUGUGUGAGAGAGAGAAAGAGAGAUGAACUAUAUAUGACGUAAUAAAUAAGUCAGCAUGACAAGGAAGAGAUGGAUCUGCUGCUAUAUAUAUAUAAUUAAGGCGUGACCUUUAUUAGCCGUUAGGUGGGGAAGAAGAACUGUGUGAGAGUACUAUAUAUAGAUCAAUAGUUCAUAUAUAAAGAAAAAGAAAACGCAUAAAGUGAAAUAAGCUGGGGCCCUUUGUUUUGCCAUGAAGAUGACAUACGUGAUCUUGUACAUGCAUAAAUAUUUUUCAGGGUUUGUAUUGA